AUGAAGCAAAAGAUUGUCAUCCAGUUGAGCAUAUCAUGCGACAAGAGCCGGUCCAAAGCCCUGACGCUGGCCGCCAGAGCAGCCGGGGUGACAUCCAUGGGGAUAACCGGCGACGCCAGGGACCAGCUGGAGGCGGUCGGCGACGGCGUCGACCCUGUGUGCCUUGUCAGCUGCCUCCGAAAGAAGCUCGGCCACGCCCAAAUCAUCAAGGUGGAGGAAGUGAAGAAGCCGGAGGAGAAGAAGAAGGAUGAGCCGAAGCCGGCGCCGGCCGUGGCGGUGCACCCGCCGCCGUACUACUACCCACCCAGCUACUACCACCACCAGUACCAGCCGGCGCACAUGGUCGUCUGCGACGAACAGCCCAGCAACUGCCGGACCAUUGUGGAAUCAAAGCAAACGCUAUAUGGUUAUAUGAAUCUCUGUCAACGCCCCUGA